CUUGUCAAGGAUAAGGGACAGACUCGGACACUGGGCACUGGAGUGUCUCCCUCUGCGCUGUAGAAGCAGAGCUCAUAAGUGCAAGAAGGGCUCAAACCUCAAAGGAGAAACUCGAACUAACCUGGGGAAAAGUGAGGGCUGAAAUCUCAGUGCUCUGCCUAUGUCUCAUCUGUCCUGGAAAGCCAGCAGUGGGGAGAUCUCAGAAUGGACUCUUACCUGAUCCAAAUGAACGGCAAUAGCGAUGUCCAUGUCCAUAGAAAUGGGAACAGCCUCUCCCUGGGGAAGGUGAAAAGCCGGAAGCCUAGAUGGGCAGUCCGGGCCUCUGAGAUGUCCAAGAAGACUUUCAAUCCCAUCCGAGCCAUCGUGGACACUAUGAAAGUGGAACCCAACCCAAACAAGCCCAUGAUCUCCUUGUCCCUAGGUGACCCAACGGUAUUUGGAAACCUCCCCACUGAUGAUGAGGUCAUCCAGGCUGUGAAGGAGGCCCUGGACUCAGGGAACUACAAUGGAUAUGCUCCUUCAGUCGGGUACCAGUCUUGCCGGCAGGUGGUUGCUGCGUAUUAUAGCUGCCCCGAAGCACCUCUGGAAGCUCAGGACGUUAUCCUGACGAGUGGCUGCAGCCAGGCUAUCGAACUUGCAUUAGCAGUGCUGGCUAAUCCAGGGCAGAACAUCCUGGUGCCAAGACCUGGCUUCUCUCUCUACAAGACCCUUGCACUCUCCAUGGGGAUUGAGGUCAAAUUCUACAACCUCUUGCCUGAGAAAUCCUGGGAAAUUGACUUGAAGCACUUGGAGUCGCUGGUGGAUGCGAAGACGGCCUGUCUCAUUGUGAACAACCCAUCUAACCCCUGCGGCUCCGUAUUCAGCAAGAGCCAUCUCCAGAAAAUCCUGGCCGUGGCCUCGAGACAGUGUGUCCCCAUCCUAGCUGAUGAAAUCUAUGGAGACAUGGUGUUUGCAGAGUGCAAGUAUGAGCCCAUAGCAACUCUCAGCACCAACGUGCCGAUCCUGUCCUGCGGAGGCCUCGCCAAGCGUUGGCUGGUCCCAGGCUGGAGGAUGGGAUGGAUCCUGGUUAAUGAUCGGAGAGACAUCUUUGGGAAUGAGAUCAGGAAUGGCCUUGUAAGCUUGAGUCAAAGGAUCCUGGGACCCUGCACAAUUGUCCAGGGGGCACUGGAACACAUCAUCCACCGAACACCCCCAGAGUUUUACCACAACACCCUCAGCUUCCUCAAGUCCAAUGCUGACCUUUGCUACGCUGCCCUGUCUGCCGUCUCUGGACUCCAGCCCGUCCGGCCCUCGGGGGCCAUGUACCUCAUGGUAAGUGAGGCGCUAAUGUGCCAUUUUCAGAGCAUUGCUGUUUGCUCAGUGUGUGCUGGAUCCUGUUGCCCUGCCCAAUGUCUGCCUUGUCUGCUUAAAAUGUGAGUUGUU